UAUUGUCAAAGAGAGGGAGUUAAAUUUUAGCGAUGUUGCCAAAUGGUUUCAUAUCAAAAAUACUAUAUAAUUAAACUCUAAUUUAAUGAAUUUUUUAUUAAAAAAAAACAGAUUUUUAAUAAUUAAUUAAAAAAUUAUUUAUCUAAUUUUAUCGUAAUUAUUGGUAUUAAGUUCAUAUAUAAAUAAUUAAUAUUUUUAAUAUUUAAUACAUAAUCUGAAAUUUAUGAUUGUGAAUUAUAUUUUUUAUUAAAUAUUAAUAUUAAUAGAGUGUCAAUAUUUAAUAUGUAAACAAUUAUUAUUACUUUUUAUAAAUAUUAAUAAAUAUAUAAAUAUGAAAAAUUUAUAGUAUCAUUCUUUAUAUUUUUAAAUACACUCUUUCAUAUAAUAUUAAUUAUUAUUAAUCAAAUGUAUAUUAUAGAUUGUUAUAUAUCAGUGCCGCCAACGAAAAGAAAAAUUGUACAGUGUUAUCAUGUUUUUCAUUAAAUACAAAACAAUAUAUUUUAAUUAAAAAGCAUAUAUUGAUUAUUUGUUUAUAUUUAGGUUAACUGAUUUUCAUCAAUGAGAAGUAUUCAAUAAUAAAUUUUCAAUUAAAACAUAAUUUUUAAUUAAUUGUAUGUUGAUUGUAUUUUAAUUUAAUAUUUUAAAUUAUAUUUUUAAAAAUAAUAAUAAAUAUUUUUUUUAAUAUUUUCAUUUUAAUAUCUAAUAUUAUUAUAUAUUCAAUAUAAUAUUAUAUGAACAAAAACUGUCAUUAAUAAUUUCAAAUAAGAGGUUAAGUUAUUUAUUCUAAUAUUUAUAACAAUUUUUCAUUAUAAAUAUUAUGUAAUAUAUAUUAUUUUUAAAGUAGCACUAUAUAUUUUCAUCAAUAUAUAUUUUCAAUAUAAAUGAAUGAUUAUUUUAAUAUGAAGUCUAAAGAUCUUUUCCAAAUACAUUUCAUAAAUGAUGAAUGUAUGUAGGAAAUAUAUUGAAUUAAUAUUAAUAUCUUAUCUAUGUUUACAAAUUGUACAAUAAUUAAUAAUUAAUAAUUAAAAUAUUUAAAUAUAUAUUUAUAUAUACCAUAAUAAUUAUAAAUAUAAAAUAAAAUAAUUCAUAAUCAUGUUUAGUACAUUACGAAAUAAGUUUCAAACUGUUCAAGAAGGUAUAUCGGCUAGUAUCAGAGGAUUGACUGUUAUUGAAAAUCCAAAACAAAAAAAAAAUAACAAUAUCAGAAAUGUUAAUUACAAUGCAGGAGCUGAUAUUUUGCAUAGAUUUCAAUUACAAUGGAAUGAACUACAUGAGCUUGCAGAAGAAAAUGCAGGGAAAGCUCAAGAAGCUGAUAAACUUAUUGGAACUAUUUAUGAGAAACUUGAACAUGAAUGGAAAAGUCUUACUUGUUUAAAUAGUACUUUAGCUUACAUUCCAAAAAUUAAUAAUGCAAUACAAGAUCUUAUGGAUCAAAUAGGAACAUUACAAGAAAUGUUUGAAGAAGUAGAAGGUGCAAUAUAUCGUUUAGAAGAUUUAAAUGAAAUGUUAGAUUUGCAAAGUAGACAGUUAGAUCAUAGAUUUCAAUUAGCCUUAUAUAAAGAAAAAAAGCUUGCAGAAUUAAAUGUUAUUAAAGCAAAAUUGGCCAAUGAACAUAUUGAAAGAGUAUCAAAAUAUGAGCUUAAACAACAAAAAAUGAUGAAAGAAAGACGAGAAACAUUUGAUGAAGUUUUUAAAGAAGAACUUAGAGAAUAUAAAGCAACAGGAUCUAUAUCAAAAUUACCAGUGACACAACAAGGUCCAUCAUUGGAUGAAAUAGUUUUGGAUGUAGAUUCAACAAUAUUUAAUGAAUUCUUAAAAAAUUAAAAAUAUAGAUAUGCAUGUGACGCGCGCGCGCGCGUGUGUGUGUGUGUGUGUGUGUGUUAUGAGAAUAAAUAUAGAAAUAUUUGAGAAAUAAUUAUAUAUAAAAUUCUGUAUAAAUUAUGUAAAAAUAAAUAAUAACUUUAGAAAUAUUUUUUUAUUUAUGAUUAAAUAAUAUAAAAUAUUAUAUAAUGUAUAUUUAAUAAUAUAUAAUAAUAUAUUUGCUUUAUCUAUAAUAUUUAAAAAUAAAUAAUAUUACACUAUUAAUUAAAAUUACUUAUUAUAUGUAUAAAAAAAGAAAUUUAUGAAAAAAAAAUUAUAUUUUUAAUAACAUUUUUUAUUUUCUUAUAUUAAUCGAAAAUUAGCUUGGUUAAUAUCCAAAAUAAAUAAUAUUACACCAUUAAUUAAAAUUACUUAUCAUAUUUAUAAAAAAAGAAAUUUAUGAAAAAAAAAUUAUAUUUUUAAUAACAUUUUUUAUUUUCUUAUAUUAAUAGAAAAUUAGCUUGGUUAAUAUCGAACUGAUUUUUAGUUACUAUACUGCAUCUGAACAAGAAAUAAAGAAUACAAUCAUAACCUUAAAAAAAGAACGCUUGAUACUUAGGUUAAAAUGUUGCCGAAAUACAGAAAAAAAAGUUAUAUCUUGGAUAAGCUACAUCAUGGAUUUGUAAAAAUUUGUAUGGGUGUUACAGUAAUUGGAGGAGUAACUUUAGGAUAUAAAAUAUAUAUUUAUUUUCGAUAUAUAAAACCAGCAUUACGAGAAAUACAAAUGAAAAAUAAUGAUGAUUUAUUAGAAGAAGGAAGAUAUAAACCGAUUGUUGGUUAAAAUAAAAAAAUUUAAUAAUAAGUUUAAAAUAUGUAGAAAAGUUGUAAUAAAACAAUAAUUAAAAUAAAAAAUUUGUAAUUAUCAAUAACAUUAA